AUUCAACUUUGAAUUACCUGUGCUGUGUUGUUUUGGUUAUGUUUUGACUUUAUGAGAUGCAUUAGUUAGAAUUUACAGUAAUAUUAAAAGCGCCCCGAUAAUUCGGUUCAAGUAUAACGUAGAUUAUAUCACAUCAUACAAGAUUUAUGUUGCUCGGAAAGUUCGAAAUUAAAAAUUAAAAUCCGAAAUUUCAAAAUUACCUGGCAGUUGGAAAUAAAAAAAUGUGCUUUUAAGAAAUAAAUAUGCCAAUUGCUUAAACAAUAAGUUUCAUAAAAUGGCUGGUGAUACCACUGCUUCUCUUGGAGGAUCGCAGGUGGCUUUAGUAACAGGAGGCUACGAUCAUACUAUCAAGCUAUGGCAGGCACACAGUGGUGUUUGUUUACGAACAAUGCAGCAUCCAGAUUCGGUACUUCAUAUUUUAAUGUUUCGGUUAUUGAUCUUCUAUAAAUGACCAAAAUGACUCAAUUCAUUUCCAGAUAACUCAUUCAAAUCGCUCCGUAAAUUUGCAUGAUUAUUUUAAAUUUUCAUAAAAAAUUGAUUUGGAAAUUUCGCUUUGAAUAAUAACGAGGGCUGAAAGGCUAUUUGAAUUAAGCGAUAUUUCGAUUAAUACGCGACAUUUAUCUUUGUAAUUAAAGGUCCAUUUUAUUUGGUAUUAACUAUCACCAAUUCAAUGUUUUUGAUUGAACAUCAAUUAAGCUUACUGCAUCCAAAUAGCUGAUGGACUUUUUUUAUUAUGAGAAUUUUAAACUUUAAAUGGCUCUCCUGUAAAGUUGCAAAAAUGUCCAAAAAAAGAGAAUUACCUAAACGAUUAAAACUGGUCACGACAGUGUCAGAUAAUUGUGAGCUAAGAUUUAAUACAAGCAGACCACUUUGUACAAAUAUAAUUCAGAUUAACAUGCCAGUCAUCUUUUGUGAGCAAGUGAACAGCUUGGAGAUCUCACCAACAUCGAUGGUAGCAGCAGCUGGAUUUCAGCAUAUACGGUUAUAUGAUCUUAGUAGUGCCAAUCCAGACCCGGUCACAACUUUUGAGGACAUCUCCAAAAACGUAUCUCGAGUUGGGUUUCAGAAAAAUGGCACUUGGAUGUACACAGGAGGUGAGGACUGCACAGCCAGGAUAUGGGAUCCCAGGGCUGCACCACGUACAAGGUGUCAAAAGAUAUUCCAAGUUCAAGCUCCGGUGAAUGCAGUAAUGCUUCAUCCUGAUCAGUCCCAGAUAAUGGUUGGAGACCAGAGUGGCAUUAUACAUAUAUGGGAUCUGAAAACGGAUCAAAAUGAACAACUGAUACCAGAAGCGGAGGCGUCGAUUCAGGACAUAGCUAUUGAUCCAGCCGGCAAGAUGAUGGCGGCUGUUAAUAACAAGGGCAACUGCUACGUGUGGUCGUUGAGCGGACAACCACCGCACCCUGUGCCCAAAAAACACAUUACUGCACAUUCUAAAUAUGCUUUACGGUGUAAAUUUAGCCCAGAUUCAACCAUGUUGGUGACGACGUCGGGCGACUGCUCGGCCAAGAUCUGGCGCACGAGCGACUGGGCGCUGUUGCGAGAGCUACGGCGCGACACGCAGCGAUGGGUCUGGGACGCAGCCUUUACGCUUGAUUCUCGAUUUUUAUUCACUGGUAAGACAUUUUCAAUUUCCUGGCAACCCAGUCAAUUUUUUCAAAGUUUAAAAAAACCAGAUAAUUUUAUUUUGUUAUUUACAGGUUCAUCGGAUAGUUAUGCUCGAUUAUGGAACAUUGAGCGUGGCACGCUUGAACGGGAGUACUGCGGUCAUCAGAAAGCCAUCACAGCACUCGCGUUUAAAGAUCAACCUGUUUGAAUAGAUAUGGUUUAAAAUAAUUUGGGAUGAUUAUAAAGUUUAAAUAAAUAAAUAAUAAAGUUGUAAAUAAUAUAAUAAUUGAAUUAAUUUUUAAUUGAAUAAAUGAUUACAUAGCA